AUGCCAGCACCCUCGACAACCGGGUACCCCCCCGCGCACUCGAGUCAGGGACAGCCCGUUUACGGACAGCCAGGGCACGGGGGGAUGCCGGAGCAGCAGCCCGCGCCAAGCAUGGGCUUCGGCGGCCCGCCUGGCGGCUACGGCGGCCCGCAGGGCCCCCCUGCUUCGACGGGGCCGACCAUUCCGGACCCGACGGGCGGCGCGGCUGGGGUCCUGGCGGGGGUGUACGGCUCGCAGUUCCUCAACCGCGGGCAGCAGCUCGUGCAGGGCGGCGUCGGGUACUUCUCCGGCGACAUCUUCCUCUCGCUCUUCGCCGUCGACCACCGCUACUGUCGAAACAAACUCAAGGUCCUGCUGUGGCCGUUCGGGGCCAACCUGCACCGCAAACACGAGCAGGUCGCGGUCCAGGGCGGCCCGCGCUUCCGCGCCCCGCGGCACGACGUCGCGGCGCCGGAUCUGUACAUUCCGCUGUGCGCGGUGGCGACGUACGUGGUGCUGUGCUCGCUUGCGAGCGAGGCGCGGCACGGGUUCUCGACGGACGUGGUGUUCCUGCGGACGUCGCGCGCGGCGCUCGCGUGGGCCUUCCUCGCCGCGGUGUACCGCGCCGUGGUCUAUUUAGGGCACGGCAGGUCGGCAGGGCCCUCGCAUGCCGGCAACAUGCAGACGCACGGAACGACGGUGCCGCUGAUGGAGCUCGUGGCGUACGCGGGGUACCUCUUCGUGCUCCUCGACGUGGCCAUCGCCGUCGGGCUGCUCCUCGCCUGGCCGGCGGCGUACUGGGCGGCUCUGUGUUACGGCACGGCGUGCCUGGUCGUCUUCCACAAGAACGUGCUGCAGAACCUCCGGAUCGACAUGCACAGCGUGGGCUCGCAGGGUCAGAACUACGCCAUGUUCGGGCUGCUCAUCAUGCAGCUCCCGGUGAUGUGGCUCCUCGGCAUCGCCCCGGCCAAGGUUGCGGAGGCAGCGGCGACAGUGGCGUCCAAGGCGGCAGCGGGCGCGGGAUCGCUCGGCGUGAUGGACGGUGCCGGGGGCGGGGCGUCGUGA